UUUUUCUCGCCUCCCGCGAGUCCCCUCUCAAUUUUCAUUUUCAUUUCGAAUUUCGCAGCAAUCUUGGAGCCAAACCUCCCCAGUUCACUUCCAAUUUUUAGUACGCAAAUAUUUUAUAUAGUUUUUAAAUUCUAAAAAAAAACACACAAAAUAUAAAUAUACAAAAUUGAAGUAUCCCUUACACGCUCGUUUACAUACAGAAAAUUAUAUCCAAACCCGGAAGCCAUAGUGCAUACCAUCGAUCUGUCAUCUUCGUCGUUUCAACAAACUUCAAUCGCAGCUUUCGAAUUUUUCGCUUUCUUGGCUUUAUCGUCUUCUCCCGGAGAAGUAUCGGUUUUUCGUCAAUUAUCGUCGAAGAUUCAGAAUAUUGUUUUGAGUGUAUGUUAACUUUUUAUCUGAAAUUCGACGACUAAUCAGAUUUUUAUUUUUUAUUUUUUCUGUUUUUACUGAUUCUUGGUGCAUCGCUGCUUCGAAAUUCUGAUGUUAGGGUUUUGGCGCAGAAUUGGAGUGGAUUUGGUUGUUUGAUUAGCUAUUCGGGGCUCAACUGGAGAAAUCUCCGUGUUUGAUUUUUCGUUUUGGUCGAAAGUUAGGGUUUUGGUUUCGGUUUAUGAACAAUAGUUGAUAAUUUAUGAAAUUUACUCCGUGCAUAUACAGAUAUGUGGGUUUAUUUUCAUAGUAGAAGGAUAUGGUUGUGAAACGGAUUACGAAAUUCGAAAUGCCGAAGCUGAAACGGUGCAUUGUGGCGGAAAAUGAUGAGAAGUUUUCGCCCAAGAGAUUGAGAACCGAUGAGCUUAGCGCCGUUCCAAUAAAUGAAUUGGAGGAUUGCAGCACCUGUUUAGCAGAUUCUAGGUGCAGAGGGGUUUCGAGCAAUGAUGGUGAAGCAGAAUCAAAUAUGGGGAUUCCUGAUCCAAUUCAACCGUUAAGAGGCAUGAAGAAAGGUUUGCAAGUGCAUAAUGCUCCGCCGUUCAAGUCUUCGCGAGGUCGUCUUCAGGUGCUUCCUUCUAAAUUCAAUGACUCUGUUCUUCAUUCAUGGAAGAAAGAGCGAACUGGCACUGAUGAAUCUGAGCUUUGUUUUAGCAAUGGCGAUUCUACAUGUAACAAGAAGAUAUCAGAACGGAAAGGGUCAUGUUCUGACUUGCAUUUGUAUAAGAAGCAAAGUUUAGAUAGUCAGUUUAGCUUUGACAACUUGCAUAACACAAAGUCUAUUGAUAAUCUUGUGAAAGCCGAGGAAGGAGAGUUUGGUUAUACAGGACAAGUGGAUUGUGAUAGUAUAUUGUAUUCAAGUUCAAAAAGUUCUUUGACAUCCAUUAGUGGAGGUGGUGUUUCAUCAUUUAUUGAGUCUCAACCAAAAGUGAAGAGUGGUUUUGUGAGGUCUGAGAAAUACACAAAAGGGAAGGCUGAGAAGAAGGAUUACUAUGAGCCGGGCAACUUUGUUAUGGGUGAUAUAGUCUGGGCAAAAUGUGGAAAGAAGUACCCUGCUUGGCCUGCCAUUGUUAUUGAUCCACGAUGGCAAGCACCUGAAUCUGUUCUUAGAGCUUGUGUUGCUGAUGCAAUUUGUGUGAUGUUCUAUGGGUACUCCAGAAAUCGACAAAGGGAUUAUGGAUGGAUCAAAGCUGGAAUGAUCUUUCCUUUUCAAGAGUACAUGGAGAGAUUUCAGGGACAGACAAAGUUGUUUGGCAGCAGGCCAGCUGAUUUUCGGGAAGCAAUUGAAGAAGCAGUUUUAGCUGACCAGGGUUACCUAAAUAAGGAUUCUGAAAACUGGCAAGAGACACCUUCAUUUGUAAACCAAGCAGAAACUGCAGAGGACACAGGAUCGAAUCUUGAGCUUGAAUGCUGUUUAUCUGGCCAGGAUGCAUACUAUAAGAAGAAAGAAACUCGAUCUUGUGACAGUUGUGGUUUAAUUAUUCCAUGCCGGUCAAUUAAGAAAGUGAAAGAGAAAAAUGCUCAAACCCAAUUUCUUUGUGCACACUGUAUUAAGUUGAGAAGAUCAAAGCAAUACUGUGGAAUCUGCAAGAAAGUGUGGCAUCACUCUGAUGGUGGGGACUGGGUCUGUUGUGAUGGUUGUAAUAUUUGGAUGCAUGCCGAGUGCACUGGUAUUUCCGGCAAUGGUUUUGAGGAUCUGUCAAGCUCUGAGUAUUUCUGCCCUGAAUGCAAAGUAAAAUCUAGUCAUAUUUCUGUGGAUUUACGACCAAGGGAACAAAAAGCCAGCCUUUCAAGCAGGGCUAUGGAAAACAACAAACAAACUGCAAUGCCUGAAAAGGUUGAAGUUGUCUGCAUGGGUGUUGAAGGAAUUUAUUACCCAAAUCUUCAUUUAGUUCAGUGCAAGUGUGCUUCUUGCGGGACAAGGAAACAAACACUUAAUGAAUGGGAACGACAUACAGGAUCCAGGGCAAAGAAAUGGAAGCUUAGUGUCAAAGUGAAGGGUUCAAUGAUAACUCUCGAAAAAUGGAUUAUGGAUCAUAGUGUUGCUGCUCUGAAGUUAGAUCUUCAGCAGUUGUUUGCUUUUCUGCAAGAGAAGUAUAAACCUGUUAAUGCAAAAUGGACUUCAGAGCGUUGUGCUAUUUGUAGAUGGGUUGAAGAUUGGGAUUACAACAAGAUAAUUAUUUGCAACAGGUGUCAAAUAGCUGUUCAUCAAGAAUGCUAUGGUGCAACUGACAUUGAAGAUUUUGCUUCAUGGGUUUGCCGAGCAUGUGAAACCCCUGAAAUUGAAAGGGAAUGUUGCCUUUGCCCUAUAAAAGGGGGUGCACUGAAGCCAACUGAUAUUGACACCUUAUGGGUUCAUGUUACAUGUGCUUGGUUUCGGCCUGAGGUUGCUUUCUUAGAUGUUAAGAAAAUGGAGCCUGCGACUGGCAUUCUUAGGAUUCCUCCAGAUUCCUUUGUUAAGGCAUGCACAAUUUGUGAACAAGUUCAUGGUGCCUGUACACAAUGCUGCAAGUGUGCUACUUCUUUUCAUGCAAUGUGUGCUCUAAGAGCUGGAUACCAUGUGGAAUUGAAGUGCUCUGAAGGGAAUGGAGUGCAGUUAAGCAAAUGGGUAUCAUAUUGUGCCUUGCAUAGGACCCCAAAUGCAGACAAUGUUGUGGUAAUGCGGACCCCCUUUGGGGUGUUCUCCAAUGGAAACUUGCUGCAGAAACAGAGUAAAGAACAUUGCCCAAGUGGUUCAAGGCUCAUUUCAUCUAAGUGUCUUGAACUCCCAGAUGCAUCAGAUAAUGGGAUCACUGAAUUUGAUCCUUUUUCUGCUGCAAGAUGUCGUAUCUUCAAGAGGUCCUGGAAGAAGAGAGAUGGACAAGAGGCAGUAUUUCAUCAACUUAUGGGGCCAAGGCAUCAUUCAUUGGAUCGGAUAGAAUAUUUAAGUUCACACACUGAGGAAGUAGCAGAUGUGAAGAGUUUUUCAACAUUCAAAGAGCGCCUUAUCCAUCUACAGAAGUCUGAAAACCUUCGGGUAUGUUUUGGUAAAUCUGGAAUACAUGGAUGGGGUGUUUUUGCACGGAGAAACAUUCAAGAAGGAGAAAUGGUCUUUGAAUAUCGUGGAGAGAAGGUGAGGGGCAAGGUUGCUGAUCUGAGGGAGGCGAGGUACCAACUUGAAGGCAAAGAUUGUUAUCUUUUUAAAAUUAGUGAUGAAGUUGUCAUUGAUGCCACCAAUAAAGGAAACAUUGCACGCCUAAUCAAUCAUUCAUGCAUGCCCAAUUGCUAUGCAAGGAUAAUUAGUCUGGGUGAAGAGGAGAGCCGAAUAGUUCUUAUAGCUAAGACUAAUGUUUCAGCCGGUGAUGAGUUAACGUACAAUUACUUGUUUGAUCCCGAUGAGCGUGAUGAUCGAAAAGUCCCAUGCCUAUGUGGUGCUCCCAACUGCCGGAAAUUUAUGAACUAGGUCAACAAAUGUACAGGAUUCUUUUGAGGAUACAAAGCUGUUCAAUUCUUCCCCAUACAGUUUUGUGGAUUCAAUUUUGCUAUACCCGUAUCUUAUAUUUCUAUAGUAUAGCACAGCAGAUUGGAAUUGUCAUAGUUGAGUUGAGCGGUAACAAAUUCAUGUGCUGUUUGGCUGGAAUUUGUAUUCUUUUUGGAAUAGGUGCAUAGUGUCUAUUUAAUUCAACUUGCGAUGUAGUGAAAACUUUACAUUGUAAUUGAUCAUGGGAAUGCUGCUGAUACUGAGAUUAUAAUUUCAAUCCAUUUACAUCAUUGUAAUUAUAAUUUAGU